CGUACCUUAGCCUACCACAGCUCACUUUUGUCGCUCUUUUUCUCUCCCCACCUGACCGCUACAAAUCCUCUCUAACGAACUCUUCACGAUUUAUUAACAUCUGAAUACUCGCUUCUGUUACAAUUGGACCUUAUAAACAUUCAGCUGCGGCGCUUAAUUCCAACUUUAUGCGAUGGCCCAGGCCGUUUUCGACGAACAUCCUUUGGAACGAUAUCUUAGAGAUGUAGGAGAGGCUCCGGAGCUCAUGCCCGGUGGCUCGUCUGACUUUAUUGGCCACGACGACGACGACGAAGAUGCCCUGUAUGUGGAAUCGGAGGAAGACGUCUCAGACCCAAAGAAUGAACUACUAACAAACUGGUGCACACGCGUACAGUCCAUCGUCUCACAAUUCACCUCUACUUCGCGUCCUUUUGUUGAAAGAUUCAAGUAUGACAUUAUUUCAUCUUCCCUGCUUUCCACUUCGCUUUCGAACUCGCGUCCGGUGCGACUCAUGUCCGAAUCAAUACCUGGGGGAACAUUGCACAGCAGGACGUCUAGCGUCGACCAUUCAUCGCCACCAUCAUCAGCUCCGACAUCAUCACCUCCCGAAUACUGGCUCCCGUCAGUCGCCUUGGCUAUGGUAGUCGUAUUCUCUAGCGCGGAAUACUAUUUCUUAGCGCUUCUGUCGGUCGGGGUGAUGUUUCUCACGGUCUACGUCGAAAAGUUUGAUGCGAAAGGCGAUGUCUCCCCUGUAAUGGAUACUCUUAAAGACCUUAUAUCCGCUAAUGACGCAUGGAACUCGGUUGUGCAUGAAGUCCUGACCCUGGUGGAGAAGGAUGAGAAAUAUUCCUCUGUCCCUUCUUCGCCCUCCUCUCCCCUCCGCGUAGCUCUCAGCUCCACCCUUCACACGACUCAAAUGCAAUCGGACAAUGUACGAAACCUUUUUGCCGCUCUCACUUCUCCUUCCGAGCUAUCCCAGCUCUCAGAGAUGUAUGCCCCUCCAUCACCUCCCCCAAAAUCCUUCCCACCCAGACCCAUCUCUGAACCGGGUUCACGCCGGCUUUCGUUCACCUCUCGGGACAGCAAGCGCUCGACAUGGAAUGGCUCUUAUUCUUCAUUGGCAGUGGCCGGCAGCCCUACGCGCCAGAUUCUCAAAAGAAGAGAAAAGCGUCGUUCAGAUUUAUCUGCUCUCCUCGGCAUUCCUACCAGUCAAAGCGAGCCUGUAACUCCCGUUAGCGCUCUAUCAGGUGUCCAAGAGCAGGAAGAAGAUCACGAUACCAGUGACGAUGAUGAAUUAUCAUUCACUAACCAACCGGAGGGUAGCACACCAUUUGGAAUGGCCGCUCUGGAUCUACGGAGGAGGCGAAAAUCAGCGGGGCUUGAUGCCCUGGGUAUGUCAUUCAACCGCAGCUAUGUUUAUCCACCGCGUAGUCCGAUAUCUACAUCAUCUGCACUCCGUAGUCCGACAGCUAGUGCAUCUAAAUUCACAGCCGUUCAACCUGCGCGUCACCCCCUGUCCCUCUCUUCUCUACAAACGCUUCUCCAAGGUACCCUUGGAUCGAAACGGUAUGCCUGUGCACAUCUACUUGCCCUUCGUUUUGGAGAAGACGAUGAUGAAGGCUACUGGGAAGACGUGCGAUCCGUGAUGGAACUCCUAACGAGUACAUUCGCAGACACUGCUGCGAGACUGACAGAAGCCUUGGAAGAGGCCGAGAGGCUCAAGCUGCGGCUGGAGAACCCCAGUCCGAACUCACUACCUUCGCAUUCACGUUCGGUAAGCCUAACGGGACAAUCAUUCGCCCCUAUGCCCAGCCACAUGUCGCGUUUCGCUGUCCAUGUGGACGCGAUUUCAUCUGCGCUCAAGGACGCGAGGGAGGAUUUGGAUCAGUGCGUCGAUGCCCUACGCGAGGAGUCUCUUUUCCCUCCUUCUCCCCACCCGGCUCUCGAGGCGUACGAGCGCUUACGCCGCGAACUCGGACUAGCCUUACGAGAGUGCGAACGCGGCAGAGAGCGACUCCUGGAUAUUAUCUCACCCCCACGCCUAGAUGAUGAUCCCGAUCCCGAUGUAGAUCCUUUUGGUGGUGAUAGCGUUGGUAUCUCGGAUGAUCUCCCUGGACUUGCGAGUGAUGAUUCCGAUAAGCCUGAUUCUUCCGCGGCCCCUGCAGAAUACGGUGAUGUCACGGUAGAUCAGAACGCAAUCAUCAUGGAGGAACGAUUACCGCCUCCGGGGAUCGAACAGGUGUUCGAGAGCGAAGAAGGAGCGGGGAUGGUGUUUCAUAGGGAAAAGUCAAAGUUGAGCAGGGAGGAGAGGAUCAAGCUGGUAAAACAGAGGAGGGAGCGUGGGGAGACGGCGUUGGUUCCGCGUGAGCAGCCUGAUGAUGGGGGGUUGAAGGUAGAGAAAUGGGGCCCGGGAGGAGAAGUGGUGCAGGAGCUGAAGGAUGUUAUCUGGAAAGUGGGAGAAAAGCGUCGGAGACUGUUUAAUGUUCCUUCUACCGCUCCGCCACCUCUCUUGGACAGUGUUAACGUUAUUUGAUCUCUCUAUCUCUCUCUUCGUUUUGCAUAUCCGCUAGGUUUUCGUUGCUUGGUUUUUCUGGAGUACAUUAUUAUAUCCUGCAUACUAUGCUAUCGACAUGCGUUCAUUUAGUUAAUCAUUUGUAUCCUUAUUCAUCAAUACAGCAUGCUUUUGAACUUGAUUCUACGACUUGUGUACCAUUCAGAAUGAAACUCAAAUGUAGAAGGUUUACAAGCU